AUGUCUGAUACGGUUAUCGAUCUGGUUAACGAUUCCGAAACGGAGGAUGUGAUAAUGAUCGAGGAUCAGCCGGAAACCAGCGUACCGAAGGUGGAGCGGGAAUCGAUGGAUACCAAUGAGCCGGAAGUUGCGGAAGAUCAGGACUCUGAUGAUGUAGAAUUUGUGCCAGUGAAUAUCCAAAUGUUGGCGGAGGAAAAGAAGAAUUCCGGAAACGAUGAAUACAAAUCGAAACGGUACGAAGCUGCUCUCCGGCUCUAUUCGGAAGCGAUACACCUCAGCCCCGAAACGGCCGCUUACUAUGGCAACCGAUCCGCCUGCUACAUGAUGCUCGGUGACUAUCGGGCGGCACUGAACGAUGUAAAAACGGCUAUCAGCAUCGACGAAAAGUACGAAAAGGGAUACAUCCGGAUGGCCAAAUGUUCUCUAAUGCUCGGCGACGUGAUUGGAACGGAGCAAGCAAUCCGAAAGUUCUUGACUCUGGAUCCAUCGAACACGGCGCUAAGGGAAGAGAUUGCUAGCCUGAAACAGCUGCGCGAUUUGAACGAGAAAGCGGCAAACUGUUACGAUAGGAAGGACUAUCGCACCUGUCUGUAUCAUUGCGAUAAUGCGAUCAAGAUAGCGCCCGGAAGCUUACAGAACAAGCUGCUAAAAGCAGAAUGCUUAGCCAUGUUGGAACGCUUCGAAGAGGCCUGCAACAUUGCGAUCACGAUCAUGCAAUCGCACAGCACCAACGCAGAUGCGAUUUACGUGCGUGGAUUGACGCUCUACUACAGUGACAAUCUGGAGAAAGGAUUGUUACAUUUCGAGCGUGCACUGAUGCUCGAUCCGGAUCACAAAAAGGCGAAAGCGAUGCGCCAGAAGGCGAAACAGCUGAAGGAAAAGAAAGAAUCGGGUAAUGAGUUGUUCAAGACGGGCAAGUACCGGGAAGCGCUUACCACCUACUCGGAAGCUCUGGAACUAGAUCCGCAAAACAAGGACAUUAACAGCAAGCUGUACUAUAACCGCGCUCUGGUAAACUCAAAGCUUGGCAAUUUGCGGGAAGCCAUAAACGAUUGUUCAAGCGCCCUUACGCUGAACGAGAAGUACAUGAAAGCACUGCUACAACGCGCCAAACUGCACUACAACAUGGAGAACUUCGAGGAAGCGGUAAAAGAUUACGAAAAAGCAUUAAAGCACGAUCGUACGCAGGAUGUGAAAAAUCUGCUAAGGGAUGCCAAGUUCCAGCUGAAGAAAUCGAAGCGCAAGGAUUACUACAAGAUACUGGGCGUUACGAAGCAAGCGACGGAGGAUGAAAUUAAGAAGGCAUACCGCAAACGAGCACUGGUACACCAUCCCGAUCGGCACGCAAACUCGACAGACGAGGAAAAGAAGGAGCAGGAGCGCAAGUUUAAGGAGCUGGGCGAAGCGUACACGGUGCUGUCCGACCCGAUGAAGAAAUCCCGCUACGACAGCGGUCAAGAUCUGGAAGAGAUGAACCAUAGCGCUGAUAUUGAUCCGCAGCAGAUCUAUAGGCAAUUCUUCUUCCCGUCCGAUUACGGGUUCGGCGGAUUCCAAGGCGGUGGCGGUGGCAAUAGCUCAAACUUUUCGUUCCAUUUCGGUUAA